AAAGCACGUUCAUUUCCAGGCACUCUCAUUCAUAGAGCCAGCGGGCGCGGGCGGGACGGGCGCCCCGCGGCCGGACCCAGCCAGGGCACCACGCUGCCCGGCCCAGCGCCGCCAGGCACUUCUUCCCGGGGCUCCUAGGGACGCCAGAAGGAAGUCAACCUCUGCUGCUUCUCCUUGGCCUGCGUUGGACCUUCCUUUUUUUGUUUUUUGUUUUUCUCCUUUCUUUUGAAUUAACUGGCUUCUUGGCUGGAUGUUUUCAACUUCUUUCCUGGCUGCGAACUUUUCCCCGAUUAUUUUCCUUUUACAACAGCGGGAGAAAGUGCGCUGUGGUCCGAGGCGAGCCUUGAAGUUGCGUGUGCGUGGUAGUGUGCGUGGCAGGGUGUGAGUGCGUGUGUAACCCGAGCCGCCCGAUCUGUUUCGAUCUGCGCCGCGGAGCCCUCCCUCAAGGUCCGCUCCACCUGCUGCGGUUACGCGGCGCUCGUGGGUGUUCGUGCCUCGGAGCAGCUAACCGGCGGGUGCUGGGCGACGGUGGAGGAGUAUCGUCUCGCUGCUGCCCGAGUCGGGGCUGAGUCACCCAGCUGAUGUAGACAGUGGCUGCCUUCCGAAGAGUGCGUGUUUGCGUGUGUGUGACUCUGCGGCUGCUCAACUCCCACCAAACCACAGGACCAGCCACAAACUUAACCAACAUCCCCAAACCCGAGUUCACAGAUGUGGGAGAGCUGUAGUACCCUGAGUGUCAUCGACUGGGCCUUCUUCUUAUGAUUGUUAUUUUAAGAUUAGCUGAAGAUCUUUGAAACGCUGAAUUUUCUGCACUGAGCGUUUUGACAGAAUUCAUUGAGAGAACAGAGAACAUGACAAGUACUUCUAGCUCAGCACUGCUGCAACUACUGAAGCUGAUUUUCAAGGCUACUUAAAAAAAUCUGCAGCGUACAUUAAUGGAUUUCUGUUGUGUUUAAAUUCUCCACAGAUUGUAUUGUAAAUAUUUUAUGAAGUAGAGCAUAUGUAUAUAUUUAUAUAUACGUGCACAUACAUUAGUAGCACGACCUUUGGAAGUCGCAGCUCUUGCUUUUCGGGACUGAAGCCAGUUUUGCAUGAUAAAAGUGGCCUUGUUACGGGAGAUAAUUGUGUUCUGUUGGGACUUUAGACAAAACUCACCUGCAAAAAAACUGACAGGCAUUAACUACUGGAACUUCCAAAUAAUGUGUUUGCUGGUCGUUUUACACUUCGCAUAAAUAUUUUAGGAAGUGUAUGAGAAUUUUGCCUUCAGGAACUUUUGUAACAGACAAAGACAGAACUUAACCUCUGCAAGCAAGAUUCGAAGAAGAUAGUCUCCACUUUUUAAUGCACUAAGCAAUCGGUUGCUAGGAGCCCAUCCUGGGUCGGAGGCCGAUCGGCAGAACCAGAACUUUUUCCCCUCCUGGACUGUUAGUGACUUAGUUUCCUUCCUCCCUUAACCACCCCCCCCCCCCCGCCCCGCCGCAGUAAUAAAGGCCCCUGAACGUGUAUGUUGGUCUCCCGGGAGCUGCUAGCUGAAGAUCCGCGCCCCUGUCGCCGUCUGGUAGGAGCUGUUUGCAGGGUCCUAACUCAAUCGGCUUGUUGUGAUGCGUAUCCCCGUAGAUGCCAGCACGAGCCGCCGCUUCACGCCGCCUUCCACCGCGCUGAGCCCAGGCAAGAUGAGCGAGGCGUUGCCGCUGGGCGCCCCGGACGCCGGCGCUGCCCUGGCCGGCAAGCUGAGGAGCGGCGACCGCAGCAUGGUGGAGGUGCUGGCCGACCACCCGGGCGAGCUGGUGCGCACCGACAGCCCCAACUUUCUCUGCUCCGUGCUGCCUACGCACUGGCGCUGCAACAAGACCCUGCCCAUCGCUUUCAAGGUGGUGGCCCUGGGGGAUGUUCCAGAUGGCACUCUGGUCACUGUGAUGGCCGGCAAUGAUGAAAACUACUCAGCUGAGCUGAGAAAUGCUACCGCAGCCAUGAAGAACCAGGUUGCAAGAUUUAAUGACCUCAGGUUUGUCGGUCGAAGUGGAAGAGGGAAAAGCUUCACUCUGACCAUCACUGUCUUCACAAACCCACCGCAAGUCGCCACCUACCACAGAGCCAUCAAAAUCACAGUGGAUGGGCCCCGAGAACCUCGAAGACAUCGGCAGAAACUAGAUGAUCAGACCAAGCCCGGGAGCUUGUCCUUUUCCGAGCGGCUCAGUGAACUGGAGCAGCUGCGGCGCACAGCCAUGAGGGUCAGCCCACACCACCCAGCCCCCACGCCCAACCCUCGUGCCUCCCUGAACCACUCCACUGCCUUUAACCCUCAGCCUCAGAGUCAGAUGCAGGAUACAAGGCAGAUCCAACCAUCACCACCGUGGUCCUACGAUCAGUCCUACCAAUACCUGGGAUCCAUUGCCUCUCCUUCUGUGCACCCAGCAACGCCCAUUUCACCUGGACGUGCCAGCGGCAUGACAACCCUCUCUGCAGAACUUUCCAGUCGACUCUCAACGGCACCCGACCUGACGGCCUUCAGCGACCCACGCCAGUUCCCCGCGCUGCCCUCCAUCUCCGACCCCCGCAUGCACUACCCAGGCGCCUUCACCUACUCCCCCACGCCGGUCACCUCGGGCAUCGGCAUCGGCAUGUCGGCCAUGGGCUCGGCCACGCGCUACCACACCUACCUGCCGCCGCCCUACCCCGGCUCGUCGCAAGCGCAGGGCGGCCCGUUCCAAGCCAGCUCGCCCUCCUACCACCUGUACUACGGCGCCUCGGCCGGCUCCUACCAGUUCUCCAUGGUGGGUGGCGAGCGCUCGCCGCCGCGCAUUCUGCCGCCCUGCACCAACGCCUCCACCGGCUCCGCGCUGCUCAACCCCAGCCUUCCGAACCAGAGCGACGUGGUGGAGGCCGAGGGCAGCCACAGCAACUCCCCCACCAACAUGGCCCCGGCCUCCUGUUCCCGACAAGUCCGCCGGGAUCCCGGGCCCUGGGCCCGGCCACCGUCCUGGGGCCGAGGGCGCCCGACGGCCAGGAUCUCGCUGUAGGUCAGGCCCGCGCAGCCUCCUGCGCCCAGAAGCCCACGCCGCCGCCGUCUGCUGGCGCCGCGGCCCUCGCGGAGGUGUCGGAGACGCACCUCGAGGGUGUCCACCAGCCCCAGCACCCAGGGGACGCGCUGGAAAGCAAACAGGAAGAUUCCCGGAGGGAAACUGUGAAUGCUUCUGAUUUAGCAAUGCUGUGAAUAAAAGGAAAGAUUUUAUACCCUUGACUUUUUAACCAAGUUGUUUAUUCCAAAGAGUGUGGAAUUUUGGUUGGGGUGGGGGGAGAGGAGGGAUGCAACUCGCCCUGUUUGGCAUCUAAUUCUUAUUUUUAAUUUUUCCGCACCUUAUCAGUUGCAAAAUGCGUAUUUGCAUUUGGGUGGUUUUUAUUUUUAUAUACGUUUAUAUAAAUAUAUAUAAAUUGAGCUUGCUUCUUUCUUGCUUUGACCAUGGAAAGAAAUAUGAUUCCCUUUUCUGUAAGUUUUAUUUAACUUUUCUUUUGGACUUUUGGGUAGUUUUUUUUUUUUUUUUUUUUGAGAAACAGCUACAGCUUUGGGUCAUUUUUAACUACUGUAUUCCCACAAGGAAUCCCCAGAUAUUUAUGUAUCUUGAUGUUCAGACAUUUAUGUGUUGAUAAUUUUUAAUUAUUUAAAUGUACUUAUAUUAAGAAAAAUAUCAAGUACUACAUUUUUUUUUGUUCUUGAUAGUAGCCAAAGUUAAAUGUAUCACAUUGAAGAAGGCUAGAAAAAAAGGAUGAGUAAUGUGAUCACUUGGUUAUCCAGAAGUAUUGUUUACAUUAAACUCCCUUUCAUGUUAAUCAAACAAGUGAGUAGCUCACGCAGCAAUGUUUUUAAUAGGAUUUUUAGACACUGAGGGUCACUCCAAGGAUCAGAAGUAUGGAAUUUUCUGCCAGGCUCAACAAGGGUCUCAUAUCUAACUUCCUCCUUAAAACAGAGAAGGUCAAUCUAGUUCCAGAGGGUUGAGGCAGGUGCCAAUAAUUACAUCUUUGGAGAGGAUUUGAUUUCUGCCUAGGGAUUUGCUCACCCCUAGGUCAUCUGAUAAUUUCACAGAUGCUGUGUAACAGAACACAGCCAAAGUAAACUGUGUAGGGGAGCCACAUUUACAUAGGAACCAAAUCAAUGAAUUUAGGGGCUACGAUUAUAGCAAUUUAGGGGCCCACCAGAAGCAGGCCUCAAGAAGUCAAUUUGCCUCUGUGUGCCUCAGUGGAGACAAGUGGGAAAACAUGGUCCCACCUGUGCAAGACCCCCUGUCCUGUGCCGCUCACUCAACAACAUCUUUGUGUUGCUUUCACCAGGCUGAGACGCCACCCUAUGGGGCAUGUGGGUUUUUACCUGUGCACCAGUGUGACAGGAAAGAUUCAUGUCACUACUGUCCGUGGCUACAAUUCAAAGGUAUCCAAUGUCACUGUAAAUUUUAUGGCACUAUUUUUAUUGGAGGAUUUGGUCAGAAUGCAGUUGUUGUACAACUCAUAAAUACUAACUGCUGAUUUUGACACAUGUGUGUUCCAAAUGAUCUGGUGGUUAUUUAACGUACCUCUUAAAAUUCGUUGAAACGAUUUCAGGUCAACUCUGAAGAGUAUUUGAAAGAAGGACUUCAGAACAGUGUUUGAUUUUUAUUUUAUAAAUUUAAGCAUUCAAAUUAGACAAAUCUUUGGCUGCAGGCAGCAAAAACAGCUGGACUUAUUUAAAACAACUUGUUUUUGAGUUUUCUUAUAUAUAUAUUGAUUAUUUGUUUUACACACAUGCAGUAGCACUUUGGUAAGAGUUAAAGAGUAAAGCAGCUUAUGUUGUCAGGUCGUUCUUAUCUAGAGAAGAGCUAUAGCAGAUCUCAGACAAACUCAGAAUAUACACUUUCAUUUUCGACAGGAUUCCCUCCACAACUCAGUUUCAUAUAUUCUUCCAUAUUACAUUUUUGCAGCUAAAUUACCAUAAAAUAUCAGCAAAUGUAAAAAUUUAAUUUCUGAAAAGGACCAUUAGCCCAUUUCCCCCAAAUUGAACGUAAAUGUUCUUUUCAGCACAUGUUGCCAUGUCUGACCUGCAAAAAUGCUGGAGAAAAGUGAAGGAAAAAAUGAUGUUUUUCAGUUUAAUUCUGUUACCUGAAGAUAUAAUAAUUCAAAACCAGCCUCAUGCUCUGAUUAGAUAAUCUUUCACAUUGAACCUUUACUCUCAAAGCCAUGUGUGGAGAGGGCUUGUCACUAUUGUAGGCUCACUGGAUUGGUCAUUUAGAGUUUCACAGACUCUUACCAGCAUAUAUAGUAUUUAAUUGUUUCAAAAAAAAAUCAAACCAUAGUUGUUUUGGAGAUAGGUCUCACGCAACGCGUGUGUGUGUGUGUGUGUGUGUGUGUGUGUGUGUGAAAAAUUACAUUCAUUGACUUCAGGUAGAUUAAGGUAUCUUUUUAUUCAUUGCCCUCAGGAAAGUUAAGGUAUCAAUGAGACCCUUAAGCCAAUCUUGGAAUAACCGCAUGUGUCUGGUCCGGGAGAAGUAUUGAAUAAGUCAUUUCUACUGCUUACUCAUGUCCCUAUUUAUGAUUUCAACAUGGACACAUAUUUCAGUUCUUUCUGUUUUUCUCACUAUCUGAAAAUACAUUUCCCUCCCUCUCUUCCCCCUGAUAUCUCCCUCUUUUUCUCUCUUCCUCUAUCUUCCAAACCCCACUUUCUCCCUCCUCAUUUUCCUAUGUUCUCUUAAGGAGAUAGCACAUACCCCCACCCAGUAUCAAAUUUCAGAACACAAGAAGGUCCAGUUCUUCCCCCUUCACAUAAAGGAACAUGGUGAGUCAGCCUUUCUCCUGUUCAUGGGGUUCUUCCAGCAGAACAGAGCUAUUGCCAACCAUAUCGGAUCUGCUUGCUGUCCAAACGCAGCAACAAAAACUUUCCUGGGCAAAUCACAAUCAGUGAGUAAAUAGACAGGCUUUCUGCUGCCUCGAGUUUCUGUGCAGAUAAACAGAAAUGCUCUGAUUAGAAAGGAAAUGAAUGGUUCCACUCAAAUGUCCUGCAAUUUAGGAUUGCAGAUUUCUGCCUUGAAAUACCUGUUUCCUUGGGACAUUCCGUCCUGGUGAUUUUUAUUUUUGUUGGUUUUUAUUUUUGGGGGGAAUGACAUGUUUGGGUCUUUUAUACAUGAAAAUUUGUUUGACAAUAAUCUCACAAAACGUAUUUUACAUCUGAACAAAAUGGCUUUUUGUUUACCCUAGCGUAUACAUUUGUUCUGGGAUUUUUGUGUGUUUGUUGGGAAUUUUGUUUUUAGCCAGGUCAGUAUUGAUGAGGCUGAUCGUUUGGCUCUUUUUUUCCUUCCAGAAGAGUUGCAUCAACAAAGUUAAUUGUAUUUAUGUAUGUAAAUAGAUUUUAAGCUUCAUUAUAAAAUAUUGUUAAUGCCUAUAACUUUUUUUCAAUUUUUUUGUGUGUGUUUCUAAGGACUUUUUCUUAGGUUUGCUAAAUACUGUAGGGAAAAACAAUGCUUCUUUCUACUUUGUUUAUUUUAGACUUUAAAAUGAACUACUUCUUAUUCACUUUUGUAAACAGCUAAUAGCAUGGUUCCAAUUUGUUUAAGUUCACUUUUUUUGUUCUAGGGGAAAUGAAUGUGCAAAAAAAGAAAAAGAACUGUUGGUUAUUUGUGUUAUUCUGGAUGUAUAAAAAUCAAUGGAAAAAAAAUAAACUUUCAAGUUGAAAUGACGGUAUAACAUAUCUACUGAAAAAGCAACGGGAAAUGUGGUCCUAUUUAAACCAGCCCCCACCUAGGGCAAUUCGUGUGGCAAUUAUUGGGUUUGGUCACAAAACAUCCUGAAAAUUCGUGCGUGGGUUUCUUUCUUCCUGGUACAAACAUAUCGAACGCUUCCUAAAGGGGAACUGUCAAGCUGGUGUCUUCAGCCAGACGACAUGAGAGAAUAUCCCAGAACCCUCUCUCCAAGGUGUUUCUAGAUAGCACAGGAGAGCAGGCACUGCACUGUCCACAGUCCACGGUACACAGUCUGGUGGGCCGCCUCCCCUCUCCUGGGAGCAUUCAUCGUGCCCAGCCUGUGCAGGGCAGCUGGACUGCUGCUGUUCAGGAGCCACCAGAGCCUUCCUCUCUUUGUACCACAGUUUCUUCUGUAAAUCCAGUGUUAUAAUCAGUGUGAAUGGCAAAUAAACAGUUUGACAAGUACAUACACCAUA